GGGGGCGGGCGGCCUGCCCCGGGAGUCGCACUCGGCCGCCACCGGCGCAGCGAGCAGAGACGGGCCCGGGCCGGGCCGGGCGGACCUGGCCGAGCACACUGGGGGCCCGGACGGGAGGAAGCGGCAGCGAGCGCAGGUCAGGACACCGAAGCCGAGCGCCACGGAGCGGAACCGGGACACGGGUGGGGCCGCAGCCUCAGACCGGACCAGCGCCCUGGUCCGCUAGGCCAAAAGGGACUUCAGAGUUCAGAGGCUGUGGGGCAAUUGCCUUCUCCUCAUGGCGCUGCCCCCAAUCCUGUUGAUGCUGGCAGCCUUGGUGGGUGGGGCACGCCCCCCUGAGCCCCGGAAUCUAACACUGGCAGUGGUGCUGCCUGAACACAACUUAAGCUACGCCUGGGCUUGGCCACGGGUGGGCCCUGCUGUGACACUGGCCAUGGAAGCACUGGGGAGAGCAUUGCCAGUGGACCUGCACUUUGUCAGCUCUGAAAUGGAUGGUGCCUGCUCUGAGUACCUGGCACCAUUGAAUGCUGUGGAUUUGAAGCUAUACAAUGACCCUGACCUUCUUCUGGGUCCUGGUUGUGUGUACCCUGCUGCUUCUGUGGCACGUUUUGCCUCACAUUGGCGGCUGCCCCUACUAACUGCAGGUGCUGUGGCCUCAGGCUUUGCAGCCAAGAGUGAGCACUACAGAACAUUGGUCCGCACUGGACCCUCUGCCCCUAAACUGGGCGAGUUUGUGGUGACAUUGCACGGGCACUUCAACUGGAGUGCACGUGCUGCCUUGCUGUAUCUGGAUGCCCGCACUGAUGACCGACCCCAUUACUUCACAAUUGAAGGGGUCUUUGAGGCCCUACAAGGCAACAAUCUCAGUGUGCAGCAUCAGGUGUAUACCCGGGAGCCAGGUGGUCCGGAGCAGGCUACACACUUCAUCCGGGCCAAUGGGCGCAUUGUGUACAUUUGUGGCCCCCUGGAGAUGCUGCAUGAGAUCCUGCUUCAGGCCCAGAGAGAAAACCUAACCAAUGGAGACUACGUCUUCUUCUACUUGGAUGUCUUUGGGGAGAGUCUCCGUGCCAGCCCCACCCGCCUCCGAGGUCGGCCCUGGCAAGACAAUCGCACAGGGGAGCAGGCCCAGGCCCUCAGGGAGGCCUUUCAGACAGUGUUGGUGAUUACAUAUCGAGAGCCUCCAAACCCUGAAUAUCAGGAAUUCCAGCAUCGUUUGCUGCUGAGGGCCCGGACUGACUUUGGUGUGGAACUGGCCCCCUCCUUGAUGAACCUCAUUGCUGGCUGCUUCUACGAUGGGAUCCUGCUAUACGCCGAGGUCUUGAAUGAAACACUGCAAGAGGGGGGUACCCGGGAUGAUGGACUCCGCAUAGUGAAGAAGAUGCAAGGGCGAAGAUACCAGGGUGUGACAGGGCUGGUUGUAAUGGACAAGAACAAUGACCGUGAAACAGACUUUGUCCUUUGGGCCAUGGGGGACUUGGACUCCGGGGACUUUCAGCCUGCAGCCCAUUACUCUGGAGCUGAGAAGCAGAUUUGGUGGACUGGGCAGCCUAUCCCCUGGGUGAAGGGGGCCCCUCCUUCUGAUAAUCCCCCUUGUGCCUUCGACUUGGAUGACCCGUCCUGUGAUAAAACCCCUCUUUCGACUCUGGCCAUUGUGGCUUUGGGCACAGGGAUCACUUUCAUAAUGUUCGGUGUUUCCAGCUUCCUCAUUUUCCGGAAGCUAAUGCUGGAGAAGGAGCUGGCCAGCAUGCUGUGGCGAAUUAGAUGGGAGGAACUGCAGUUUGGCAAUUCAGAGCGUUAUCACAAGGGCGCGGGCAGCAGACUCACAUUGUCCUUGCGGGGAUCCAGUUACGGCUCGCUCAUGACAGCCCAUGGGAAAUACCAGAUCUUUGCCAACACCGGUCACUUCAAGGGAAAUGUUGUUGCUAUCAAACAUGUAAAUAAGAAACGCAUAGAGCUGACACGGCAGGUCCUGUUUGAGCUCAAACAUAUGAGGGAUGUUCAGUUCAACCACCUGACCCGAUUCAUUGGUGCCUGCAUAGACCCUCCCAACAUCUGCAUUGUCACAGAGUACUGUCCUCGAGGGAGCCUGCAGGAUAUUCUAGAGAAUGAUAGCAUCAACUUGGAUUGGAUGUUCCGUUAUUCACUCAUUAAUGACCUUGUGAAGGGCAUGGCCUUUCUCCACAACAGCAUCAUUGCUUCCCACGGGAGCCUCAAGUCCUCCAAUUGUGUGGUAGAUAGCCGGUUCGUGCUCAAGAUCACUGACUAUGGCCUGGCCAGCUUCCGGUCAGCCGCUGAGCCGGAUGACAGUCAUGCGCUCUAUGCCAAGAAGUUGUGGACAGCUCCAGAGCUGUUGAAUGGGAGCCGCUUGCUGACUGUGGGCCUCCAGAAGGCUGAUGUUUACAGCUUUGGGAUCAUUCUGCAGGAGAUAGCACUUCGAAGUGGCCCUUUCUAUGUAGAAGGCCUAGACCUCAGUCCCAAGGAGAUUAUCCAAAAGGUCCGCAAUGGUCAGCGGCCAUACUUUCGGCCAAGUAUUGACCGAGCACAGCUCAGUGAGGAGCUAGCCUUGCUGAUGGAGAGAUGCUGGGCCCAGGAUCCAGCUGAGCGACCAGACUUUGGACAGAUCAAGGGCUUCAUCCGACGUUUCAACAAGGAAGGUGGUACCAGCAUCCUAGAUAACCUCCUGCUUCGAAUGGAGCAGUAUGCAAACAAUCUGGAGAAGUUGGUAGAGGAGCGGACACAGGCAUAUUUGGAGGAGAAGCGCAAGGCUGAGGCACUCCUUUACCAGAUUCUGCCACACUCAGUGGCUGAGCAGCUGAAACGAGGGGAGACUGUACAGGCUGAGGCCUUUGACAAUGUCACCAUUUACUUCAGUGACAUCGUGGGCUUCACAGCCCUUUCAGCAGAGAGCACCCCUAUGCAGGUGGUGACACUCCUGAAUGACCUAUACACCUGCUUCGAUGCCAUCAUUGACAACUUUGAUGUGUACAAGGUGGAGACUAUUGGUGAUGCCUACAUGGUGGUGUCUGGUCUCCCUGGGCGUAAUGGUCAGCGCCAUGCCCCCGAGAUUGCCCGUAUGGCCCUGGCGCUAUUGGAUGCUGUUGCUUCCUUCCGAAUUCGGCAUCGGCCUCAUGAUCAGCUACGACUGCGAAUCGGUGUACAUACUGGGCCAGUCUGUGCUGGAGUUGUUGGCUUAAAAAUGCCCCGAUAUUGCCUGUUUGGUGACACAGUGAACACUGCCUCACGUAUGGAGUCCAAUGGUCAAGCCUUGAAGAUCCAUGUCUCAUCUACAACCAAGGAUGCCCUGGACGAAUUUGGCUGCUUUCAGUUGGAGCUUAGAGGAGAUGUGGAGAUGAAGGGAAAGGGAAAGAUGCGGACAUACUGGCUCUUGGGAGAGCGAAAAGGACCAUCUGGACUGCUGUGACCCGAAAUGCCUUCCUCCCCCUCUUCUGCCAGCCCCCAAGGAUCUGUGGCCAUGAUCCUUAUUAUUCACUAGCCAUAUGGGACACUAUCACAGAGCACUGUGUGUGCACUUACUAUUUGCCCUGGGGCAUCUGACGCUAGGGCUUGUACAUAUUCUCCUUCUCCCACCCUUGUAAAUAUCUGUAUCUAAACCAGAAUAUUUUGGUCAAAUACAAAAUUAUAAAACCA